AUGGAGGUGCCAAAAGCCCGGGGAGCAGGCAGAUCAGGCCCACGCCGACGAACAGGCUGUCUGACCUGCCGAGCCCGCAAAGUGCGCUGCGACGAAGCGAAACCAAACUGCUCCAACUGCGACCGAUUGCGCCUACGAUGUGUUUACAAGCCCCCAAUCAGCCCUGCCCCUGAUGCGCAUAAUGCGGGGUGGGGAUCAUCGCGCGAUGCAAGGUCGCCCACAGGUAACACAGUCCAACUGUCGACGUCCACGGUCGCCCCAACAUCUCGCUCGCCCGACCUCAACUUCUUCAACACCGUUCUCCGCUCCGAUGAUGGUACCAUACCUGCGCCACCCCUCCGGCAGCUUCCAGUGGACUAUCCCUCUGAAUUCGACAUGCUAGGAUUCAUGGGUGGGAUCACGUCGGAGCUCGAACAAAAACAUUUGGAUCUGACAACUGGCCUAGCCGCGACUUUUACCGCUAGUCCAGUGUCGCAGUCGCUACCCGCAGGAAUCGUACCACUUGAGGAAACGCAGUUCGAUCGUCGUACUCCACUCAGCCCGGAUGCGCCCUCUUCGCUAAUUGAUGGAUCGAUUGGAAGCUCCGAUCUGGCUACCACAAGAGGGAGCUGGUCUGAUGCUGGGGGUAUCUCGUACGAGGACCAGCUGCUGCAACACUUUGCAGGGGUGAACCCGCCAGCUGCGUUGUUUGCACCGGUCAACAUGGAGUGGGAGUAUGUGCGUCCGGCACUAUUGGCCCAUGCCCGGGAUUUCAGUCCGCUGUUGAAUGCCUUGUACUGCUAUGCCGAUGUGCACAAGGCCAUGUUAGAGGGCAAGCGCUGGCGCUGGGCACCGACCUAUUAUCGCAUUUCUGGAGCUGAGAUCCAGGCUUGUCUUCACAGUGAAGUAACCGAGUCCACGCUGAUCAAGGUGUUUGGUGCCGUGUUUCUCUUGAUGAUAUCUGAGCUUCUCUCAUCCCCUGAAAUCUGUGCGGGAACUUCCUACCUUCAUGCUGGAUACCUCAUUCUACAAAGAUUCCACGCUCGCACCCGUCAUUGGACGGGUUUCGGUCACAUCUUAGUAUCAUGGGUCUCAUUACUAGACGUCAAGUCCCUGAUCGCUGGUCGAGAAGGUGACCCCCUUAUUGAUCUUGGUACCAUUCCAGAGAACGGAAUAAUGUCAAGACCCUACGAUACCCAAACCCAAGCAACACACACAAGCAUAGUCGACAGCAAAGAAGAAGACGCCACCGAAGACCCAUUCCGCAGCCCUAGCUACCUCAUCUACGACGCCAUAGUUGGCCCGGCCUUUCGCUUCUUCGUCCAAGCUCAACAAGUCGUCCGCCGCAUCGUCUGUAUAGACCUGCACCACCGCAGUCGUGGCACCCUAAGCGACGAAUUUGAGGUCCUCCAAAUCGCCCACAAAGUCGGCGCAGACCUCGAAGCUCUCUGGCACCGUCGCCCAGCCGUUAUAGACGUCUACAGCCGCCCAGAAGCCCUAUCAAAUACUCUGUGCGGCCCCGUCGCCCUCGAAAUCUGCCGCGCAUUCCGUCAAUACGUCGCCAACUUCCUGGCGAACUUCAUCUACCUGCACCGCGUAGCGUUCGCUAUCUAUCCCCGCACAGACCGUGUUAACGGCGCAGUCGACCAGAUCAUCCAGCUAGCAACAGUUGAGUCAGCAAGCUCAGCCCACCUACCCAUAAGCUUCUUGUGGCCGAUGUUCGUAGCAGGGCUAGAGGGAACAGAAUCACAGCGCAAGUGGAUUGUCUCGGAAAUGCAGCGCAUGGCGGCGGCUCAUGCAGCAGACUCGGAUCCGGCUUCGCUGCUUGCUCGUCAUCCGUCGGCAGACAGGGUACUGGUACUUUUGGAGGAGAUGACUCGACGCCAGGAUGCGUCGCGCACCUGGGCGGACUCGAAGUGUGUAAGGCGAGAUUUGUUUCCGGAUCCCUUUGUUGUGAUCUGA